AAAGGCGAGUAUAUAAAAAGCCGGUAGCGGAAAUGCCGGUGCGGCAUUGUUUGUAUGUAUCCAACGGAAUUUUUGAGGAUUUAUUCAUACAACAUGUUAAGCGCACUCGCCUGCUUCUUAUUUGUCACAGGUCAUCCCGCGGCGUGGGCCCUCUUCGCCCACCAUCCCUCCAGCACGACAAUCACCAGCGUAGCGGCGCCGACGGUGCUUCCGCCCAACUGCAACUGCACCGCGUUCACGCCGCCUCUGGCCCCGCCCCCACCGCCACCGCCCCCUCAUACCGACAGUCAUGCCAGCAGCGGUCACCCUUCGCCCCCGCCCCACCCGCCGCCUCAUCCCCCGCCCCAUCCGGUGAUCUGCGCCAACGACGGAAAAAACUACACGAAUCCCUGCGAGUUUGUUAACGCCAUGGCCAAGAACGCAACGCUGGGCGGCCGGUUGUGCGCCAAGGAAGCGGAGAUUUAUUGGUUGGAGCAUGCAUUGGAGAGUCACGGUAACGAAGUCGAACCGGACCAUGGAAAAGCGGGGCAUCGGGAGAAGGAAUCCAGCGAAGAGGAGGAGCCGGAAGAGGAUGAGCCGGCAUGCCUUAGCGAUGGCCAUACCGCCGCAUCGGGGCAUGCCGCGGUGGUCUACCUUCAUGACAAUCCCAAAGCGGGAAUCCGUUGCGGAGGUCCCUGUCCGUGUACCCUGACCUGUCCCCAUCCCCCGCCCUUCCCGCCCCCGGGAGCGGACCACCACCCCGGCCACCGGCGCAAACGCAGCGAUCUGACCAAUCUGAAUCCCGGCCACGCCCACAACAGCCACAGUCACGGCCACCUCAGCCAUAUUAGCCAUAGUAACGGCGGCGGACACGGGCAUCUUUCACCGCAUCCCAACAACGGCCAUUAAUUAACCCAUGUUUGCAAUUUCCGCAUGCGAGAACCUUUGCUAUACACAAUGUACACCAUCGAAGAUCAUUGAAUACUCUCAAUAAUAAUUUCGUAUACAUGCUAUAGAUGCGGACAAUUAAUGCAGUAAUUAUUUUAAUAAAUACACAGUAUGUAAA